AAAAUAUAUUUUAUAUGUGACUAUUUAAACGUCGUUAUAUUAACAUGAAAUCAGUGCAAGUUGAAGUGUAUCUCAUUUAAGCAAUUAACAUGUAAUAAUAUGAAUAUAAUAGUCUGAGAGACUACUCUGCAAUAACCAUCUCCUAUAUCUUUUAUAACGCUAAUGUCCCCGUUUGCAAUACAUACCACUCAUACCUAUGCACAUUGUUCAUAAGCACUAAUGCUUUAUAAUACAUUUCUAUGAUGCCAUUCAUAAUAUUUCUUUGUCUAUCAUAUGCCCAUGGUUUUUUUUUUAUGGCUGUGAUAAAAUGUUCAGUAGGAUAAAUAUAACUAUUUUCACGUAAUGAAAUAGAUUAAUCUGGCCAUAUUAUUUGCUUUCCUUGCCUUUUGUGCUCGACCAUUGUCAGAUUUACGACAGUCUGGAACAACAUGAUUGUUAGUAGAUAAUUAGCGACAAUAAAAGCUUAGAUAAAUUGCCGGAUGACAUUCGACAAUAUAAAUAAAGUGGGGCUGUGGUUAUUAAAAAGUUCAGGAUCAUCGUCAACCACUCGAUAGACCAAAAUCUAAUCAAAAGAAAAUCAGUUAGCCAAUUCGAUGCAUCCGCUUGUACAUACCGUUUUUUCGAGUAUGCGGUGGCCGAAAUGGAUGAAAUGCGGUUGGUGGUGAAGGGCUACGCACCCUGUCGGUCGACGAGCGGCUAUCGUACGACGAUUUCCCCUGAUGGCAAGGCGGCGGACACACAUUCGACACCGGCGCGGCGCCACGGCGGACGACGGGCAGUACCAUUUUCGCGGCGGUAAACGAAUACCGUGUGAAGCACAUCAUCAUAGUCUGGUGGUUCGUGUGCGAUCAGUUGCGUGUCGUACAUUUGUUCAAAUUAACCGUUGCGUUGUUCAAAAACAAACUUUGGAAUAUCUGGAAAAUUUGACAAUUUUUUUUUUUUGGUUUUAAUUAGCGUCGUUUUGAAAAAUUUUUACAUAGAGUCAAGAUAACACGUAUUUACUAUGCUUGUGCUGGAGAAACCUGGGUAAAUAUCUCAACCAAGAACACAGUGAAAUUUGUAAUCAUUUUUGAAAAGAAAAGAAGCACAAGUAUCUUACAGUGAUAUGGCUUCGUCUUCACUGAUGCUAGUCGUUUUUGUUAAUUUGUUAUUGCUUGUUUCGAAAAAAGUUGAUGGAACUUUAUCAUCAUCAUGGAUUAAAUCAGAUAGUCAAACAACACUCAAAAACUCCACUCACACAGAUGAUUACGAAAACUCAUGGUCACCUUGGUCCGAAUGGUCGUCUUGUUCUAGAACUUGUGAUGGUGGAGCCAUGUACCAGCUUAGAAGAUGCAAUGCAAUUGCUGGUUGUAAAGGCCAUCACGUUAGAUAUAAAAUUUGUAAUAUGGAACCUUGUCCCGAUGGUGCUGAUUUUCGAGCUGUCCAAUGUUCUGGAUAUAAUGAUCAACCAUACGAUGGAGAAAUCGUCGAAUGGCAACCAUACUACGACGAGGAAAGUCCUUGCACAUUAAUGUGUGUUGACUCAAAAGGACGCGUCGAAGAAAUGGCACCAAGGGUUCGUGAUGGAACUAGGUGUAGACUAGGUUCUCUGGAUAUGUGUAUUGAUGGAAUAUGCCAGAGGGUUGGUUGCAACUUAGAAAUUGGUUCAAAGACCAGCGUAGAUGAAUGUGGAGUUUGUGGUGGUGAUGGUUUGUCAUGUUCUAAAGAAUUAUUUCGUUGGAGCAAAAUAGGAAGUGGAUGUUCGGUGUCUUGUGGUGGUGGUUACGAAGUAACUAGAAUAAUAUGCCAAAAUAGAGAUACUGGCGUUGAAGUGGAUGCUGAUCUUUGCCCAGGCGAAAAGCCAACGAGUAGUGAUUUGUCAGUAGAAUGUAAUAGUCAUCCUUGUCCUCCCAAAUGGGUUGCUGAUGACAAUUGGAGUCCUUGUAGCAAAACAUGCGGGGGUGGAAUAAGAGUGCGACAUGUCUACUGUGUGGAAGAAACAAAUGGUACUCGAUCUAAAGUAUGGCAUCACAUGUGUCACGGUCAUAAACCAAAAACUCAAGAACAAUGUAACAAUCAGCCCUGUUAUUCGGAAUGGUUGACUAGUGAAUGGUCUAAGUGUUCCGCUACAUGUGAUCAAGGUUUACAAAUAAGAAAUGUAACUUGCAAGAUAAAGCAGAAGUAUUUGACUUGUGAUCCUAUGACCGAACCGAGAAGAACACAAAUUUGUUCAACGAACAUUCCUUGUUUUAAGGACAACAGCUUUGAGACGGACUCGGAUUUCGUUGCAGGGUCUACUAAAUUGUCAAGUUUUUCUCUGGCUUUCGCUCAGCGUUUAAUCGGUCAACAAAAAUCUUCGUCUCAUACAAUGUUUGUGUCAGACAAUUGGAGUUCAUGUAGUGUAACUUGUGGAGAGGGGAUCAAAACGAGAAAAGUUUAUUGUAAAGCUCAUUUGGAUUACACUCAAAUUAUGACCAAACUAACGGAUGAUGCAUGCACUGGCCCAAAACCACCAGAAGUUGAACGAUGUUUAUCAAUGCCAUGUCCAACAAACAAAUUAUUCGAUCAAAUUGAAAGGUCAGUGAGGGAUGGAUAUGCGGAUGCCAGUUCAGAUGAGUUCAAUCCACCAAAAGUAGCCCCCGGUUCGUUCGGUAAAACAUACUCUUGGAAACGAGAGGGCUUUACGCAUUGCAGUGCUUCUUGCCUUGGAGGGGUCCAAGAAUCAUUAGUUCUCUGUGUUCGAGAAGAAGAUAAAAAGAUUGUUUCACCCUAUUUAUGUUCAAGAAAUGAUCAGCCAGAAGUAUUAACACAGACGUGCAAUGAUCAACCAUGUCCACCUAGAUGGAAUGUAAGCGAGUUUCAACCAUGUUCACACAGCUGUGGCAUAGGACUCCAAAUUCGUGAGGUUAACUGCAUUCAUGAAGUUACUGAAGGUAAUACAGCACUCGUACCAAAUAACAUGUGUCCUACACCAAUACCAAUAGAUCGAAAACCAUGUAAUAUGAUCGAUUGUCCGGCAGAAUGGAGUACAUCAGAUUGGUCAAAAUGUAGUAAAAAAUGUAAUGGUGGUGUAAAAACAAGAGAAGUGAAAUGUGUGCAACGCAUAGCUCAAGGACACAUUAUAAACAAGCCGGACACUGAUUGUGUAGGAGACAAACCCCUUGACAGUAGAUUGUGUAACCCUAAUGCGUGCAAUACAGAGGAAGAAGCGGUUAUGGUUUCUGAUGUUGCACAAAAAUAUGAACAAGGAAGUCCGGAAGAAGAUGUGAUUCUCAAAGUAGGCGGAGAGGCUACUAUAUAUAGAGGCGUCGAAAUUAAAAUGCGAUGUCCAGUAAAAAGAUAUGACAGGUCAAAAAUUCAAUGGACAAAAGACAAUCAAGUUUUACAAACUGAAAAAAAAAUUAGAAUUACAAAAAAAGGCAUAUUGAAGAUUCGGUCUACUACUUACUCAGAUAGAGGAUUAUACUCAUGUACUGCUGGUAAUGUUCGAGCUACGAUGAAUAUAAGUAUAAAACCACGUCCUGGAGAAUUUCCCAGUUCCGAAGAAAUAGAUAAACCUAUGAAUCAACAAGAUCCUGGCGUGAAUCCAUCUUUUUCAAAUCCUCAAGGUAUAGAACCAUCAUUUGAUAUUAGUCAUGAGCAGAUCAAAGGAGAACAUAAUCGCGAAACGAAACAUAAAUCUAAAGGAAAAUUAAAAACGACACAAGCUCCUCCGAGCACCUCUUUUUCUUCUCAUGUGGGAUCGGAAAAAAGUGUAAUAGAUGACUCCCCAAAACCCACUACUUCGGGAAGUUCACGAAAUUUGCCUCACCUACACAGUCUUCUUUAUAACCUUAAGGCUUUAUGGCCCUUUCAGAGAAGAAAUUCUGUAAGUAACUCCAAAGUCAAUAAGAUGUUUAUGGAAGAACCAGUUAAUCCAAAAUCAAUUGAAAUUACUACUGAGGAAGACACUCCUGGGCAGCCGGUAUUAUUAGGCAAAGGUGACCGAAAAAGUGUAAAAUUUGAAUGGUUUAUAACCGAAUGGUCAGAAUGUUCACCAUCAUGCGGAGGAAACGGUUUUCAAAUGAGAGCUGCUCAUUGCAUGGUAAAACUUAACAAUAUGACUCAAAAUGUAGAUAAUAAUCUUUGUGAAGACGCUAGACUACCUACUCCAACAACGAUACAAAAAUGUGAAACCAAUGACUGCCCGCAAUGGAAAGUUAAUGAAUGGAGUCCAUGCGAGGAGUCUAAAUGUUUUACUUGGAAUACUGCUAUGCAAAGACGAGAUGUUUACUGCCAAAACUCAAAUGAAGCUACCAUAUUAGAUGCUUCCUGUAAAGGAAUUGAAAAACCAGUUAAUAGAAAAGAAUGUUACAAUGAUCAGUGUAAAGGUACAUGGAAAGUUGGAGAGUGGUCAGACUGCACAGCAACGUGUGGGAAAGACGGACUACGAUAUAGAAUAUUACAAUGUGUUUGGUUUGGUACUAACAAACCAGCCGGUACAGCUUGUAGAGAUCAACCUAGGCCACCAGUAAUGAAAACUUGCACAGGGCAACCUUGUCAACUAAAUGAUGAUUGUAAAGACCACAGCAAACAUAAUUGUAAUAACAUUAAACAAAUGAACAUGUGUCACUUGCAUCAAUACCAGAUACAAUGUUGCGAGACGUGUAAAUAGAAUUGUACAACAAAUCUUACGUCCAAAUAAACUUUUUUUUAAUAAAUUUUUUUAUUUAUUUUACAUUUAGUGAAAUAUUGUUGAAAAUGUUAUGUAGAUAAAUUUAUAAGUAUUUGAAAUACUUAUUUAACAGUAGGUUGAUUUUUGGCUUACAAAUACUACCUACUAUCAUUGCACAUCACAAGAAUUAAACCAACAAAACAUAUAGAUGUUACUAAAAUUUAAAAAUUUUUAUUAAUUCAUAAUAUUAUAUAGAGUUGUAUGCUAUUUUUAAAAGAAUGAUCUGUUUGAUAAAUUGAAAGUAAAAGAGAAAUACUAUCAUACACUCCCAUUUUUUGAAUACUCUAAUAACAUUUGAAAAUGUAAAAAUUAAUGCCAUAACUUAAAAAAACAAUUUUUAUUUUAUAUUUUAUUUUGUGUUAUAAAAUAAAUUUUGUAUAAUAGAAAAAAACUGAAAGCUCUUAAAUUCUAUCAAAACAUAGUCAUUGUUAAAAUAGGUAAACAUUUUACCACUUUUGGUGGAACUUGAUAGACUAAUAUUUGACUGAUUUGUGAAUAAACAUUAGUUAUUAGAAUAAUUAUGAUCAAAAUGUAAAUAUUAUGUUUAAUUUAUAAGUAUCGUAUUAUAAUUAUAAUAACACGGUUGUUGUUAACUCUUAAAUUUUAAUAUUUCAGUAUUAAUUAAGUUUUUUUAUUUAAAAAUGUAAACCAAUUUCAGUUAUUCUCAUAAAAUUACAAAUAGCAAUAUUAUUAUUUACACAUU